AUGAGAUUGCCUACGAUAGCAGCGGGCGUCGUCGCCUGCAUGGCCAUGGUCGCCAGCGCCGCCGCUGCCACGGCGUUGACCUACAAGCUGGUCGCAGGCGAGAAGGCCUGCUUCUACACGGAAACGACGAGGGACAACGAGAAGGUGGCAUUUUACUUUGCUGUUCAAUCAGGCGGCUCUUUCGACGUCGACUAUGCUGUCGAGGGACCGGGCUCCCGCGUCAUUCUCCAAGGCGAGAAGGAGCGCCAAGGCGACUUUGUCUUUACGGCGCAACACAUUGGCGAAUACUCAUUUUGCUUCGACAAUGAAAUGAGCACCUUUACCGACAAGCUUGUCGACUUCGAGAUUUCGAGCGAGCACGAGACGCGAUCUGCGCAGCUGCCGUCCAAGCAGGGCACCUCGCCUGAGCAGACAUCGGUCCUGGAAGAGUCCAUCUUUAAGAUUUCUGGGCAGCUAUCGACCAUCUCGCGAAGUCAAAAAUACUUUCGAACUCGCGAGAACCGUAACUUUAGCACUGUCAACAGCACGGAGAAGCGUAUUGUCAACUUUAGCAUGAUCCAAAUUGGGCUCAUUGUGUGCAUGGGCGCUCUGCAGGUGUUUGUGGUCAGGUUCUUUUUCCAGGGCGCACGCAAAGGCUACGUAUGA